UGGCUCUCAAGGAAGUCCAGGGUUGCUCCGCAGAGGCAGGCAAUAGCCAGCCGCCUCCUUAGUCUCUUGCCUUGACCUGAAUCAUCCAGGCUAGCUUGAUCUGUCGAGAGCCAACGUGGUGUCGUAGUUAAGAGUGGUGGACUCUAAUCUGGGGGACUGGGCUUGAGUCCCUGCUCUUCCACAUGGAGCCUGCUGGAUGACCUCGAGUCAGUCACAGUUCUCUCCGCGCUCUCUCAGCCCCACCGACUGCACAGGUGUCUGUCAUGGGGAGAGGAAGGCAAGGAAAUUCUUCUGUGCCCCAGUUCACCAAUUCGCCCAGCAUGGUGAUCAUGGUGGGGCUGCCGGCCCGCGGGAAAACCUACAUCUCGAAAAAACUGACCCGCUACCUCAACUGGAUCGGGAUCCCCACGAAAGUGUUCAACGUUGGGCAGUAUCGCCGCGAAGCCGUCCAGACCUACAAGAAUUACGAGUUUUUCCGGCCGGACAAUGAGGAGGCCAUGCAGAUCCGGAGGCAGUGUGCACUGGCAGCACUUCGAGACGUCCACACGUAUCUGAGCUCUGAAGAAGGUCAAGUUGCGGUUUUCGAUGCCACUAACACCACGCGGGAACGCCGGGACCUCAUCUUACAGUUUGCCAAGGAACAUGGCUACAGGGUCUUCUUCAUCGAAUCGAUCUGUGAUGACCCGGACAUCAUCCAGGAGAAUAUCACGCAAGUCAAGCUGACCAGCCCUGAUUAUAAAGACUGCAACAGGGAUGAAGUGGUUGAUGACUUUCUGAAACGGAUCGAGUGCUACCAGAAGACCUACCAACCCAUCGACGAUGAGCUGGAUAGUUCCCUGUCCUACAUCAAGAUCUUCAACGUGGGCAGUCGCUACCUGGUGAACCGGGUUCAGGAUCACGUGCAAAGCCGCACCGUUUAUUACUUGAUGAACAUCCACGUGACGCCUCGUUCCAUCUACCUCAGCCGGCACGGAGAGAGUGACCUCAACCUGAACGGGCGCAUUGGGGGUGAUUCGGGACUCUCCGAGCGUGGCAAACAGUACGCCCACGCCUUGGCCGCCUUUAUCCGUUCCCAGUGCAUCCAUGACCUCAAAGUGUGGACAAGCCACAUGAAGCGCACAAUUCAGACGGCAGAAGCGUUGCACGUCCCCUACGAGCAGUGGAAGGCUCUGAACGAGAUUGACGCAGGCGUCUGCGAAGAAAUGACCUACGAAGAGAUCCAAGCCCACUUCCCAGAAGAAUUUGCCCUGAGAGACCAAGACAAGUACCGAUACCGCUAUCCUAAGGGGGAGUCGUACGAGGAUUUGGUGCAGCGCUUGGAACCCGUCAUCAUGGAGUUGGAACGACAAGAGAACGUCCUGGUCGUUUGCCACCAAGCCGUCAUGCGCUGCCUCCUUGCCUACUUCCUGGACAAAAGCGCCGAAGAACUGCCGUACCUGAAGUGCCCGCUACACACUGUUCUGAAGCUAACGCCUGUGGCCUAUGGCUGUGAGGUAGAAUCUAUUUUCCUGAACAUUGAGGCUGUGAAUACACACCGGGAACGGCCGCAGCAUCUUUCCUUCCAAGCUAGCCAGGCCCCCUUGUACCGGCACUACCGCUCCGUGCCAAUGGCCAGUCCUGAGCCAACCAAACGACCCUGCUGGAAAGAUCUGGGCCGGCCCCCUCCCCCCUGCCUGUUUGGCCCUCAGAAUGUUGACGUCACACGAGAUCCCAAGGAAGCCCUGGACACAGUGCCGGACCACUACUGAUCAACUUGUGCAUUCAAAGAAUCCCGGUUUCUGUUCUACUGUGGAGUUCUCAUGGAUGACGUGGGCAUGCGGCUCAACCUGGAGAAAUAAAGGUGGGGCGGGGGGGGGGGGGGCGGAGAGGUGCCGAACCACCUUGUUUGCACCAUCUCCUGAAGGUCACCUUUGUGCGGACGAAUGGCCUUCUCUGAACGAAAAUGGUGCCACAGGUCGACGUGCCUCCAUCGGAUCCGUGCAGCCCCGGCUGGGUGGUGUCGCCCACCAACAAAGGAGGAAACUGUAAAACUAAUGCAUCAAGAGGUGGCGGUGGAGGACAAAUCCAGGAAAAGUUAUGCGCUCUCAUCUGAUCUGGAGAGAUGAAAGUGUAUUUUUAACUCUCAAUAAAGUCAGUGCACUGUCAAA